AGUGUCACAGAAAGCAUCUGUAAAAGCUUUUAAAAAAAGCAUGUGUAAGACAAACCGCUAACAAAAUGAAAUCCUGGAGAACAUCACAAUCUCGCCUAUCCUAUGGCAAUUUUAUUUGAUUGUCAUCUUGACUCACCAGAUUAAAAUUAGCUGUAAUUCUAGUUUUUAUCAAAGGAAUAGUUAAGCAUUGGUAGCGUAAUUGUAUCAGAUGAAGCACAWCCACGUGAGAAACUGACAAUUGAUCGACCCAUAGGCUCCGCGCACUGUACAGUUUGUUGCGUUCAUCUCUCCAAUUCCCAGAGAAGCCAACCCGUGAACAUUGAGCAACAGCAUGCGUUACUUGUGCGACUAUUUUCCUUGUGCUACCAGGAUGAAUGUGGAUAAAUAAUAAUUUGAGAAACGACAAGCAGUCCAGGGAGAUAAGACGCUCAACGUUGAUACCUGUGAGAGCUAUGAGUGGAGAGGUAACGAAAAGGAUUCGAGAAAGACAUGGAUUAAAAAACUUCAAGCAGAGAUGGAGUGAGCAACCUCAAGGCGCUGCCAAUGGGAAAGAGAAAGACGCCCCAUCAUGUGACCUCAGCACUGUCCAGCCUAGUGAGGAUGAGGAGGUUGAGAGAGGUGCCCUCAAGAGGCUCAGCACAAUGUGGUCUUCAUUCCGGGGCAAACUCAACAGAGAURGGGUGAAGGAGCCAUGUCAGGAGUCUCUGGAUUCAGCUCCGGUGGACACCACAGCCAGGGAGCAGCGCUACAUGAGCGGGCAGUACUUCUUUGAGUACCUGGUGGUGGUCAGCCUCAAGAAGUCCAAAGAGGGGGCCUACGAGCCGCAGAUCACCUACCAGUUCCCCAAGAGGGAUGGGAUGGUGAGAUUCCAAAGAGAGGAGGAGGAGAAGACCCUGAAGGCAAUCACGCUCUUCUGUUUCCCAGAGGGGAUCAGCUGGGCCCCCCUAACAGAGUACCACAGUGAGACAUUCUCCUUUGUCUUGACUGAGAUCGAUGGCAGCAGAAGGAAUGGAUACUGCAGAAGGCUACUGCCCCACGGCAACGGAGCGCGCCCCCCCGAAGCCUUCUGCAUCAUUAGCAGCCUGGCUUGUUUCGGACUCUUCUCCAAGAUCUUUGACGAGGUGGAGAAGCGACACCAGAUCUCCAUGGCGAUGAUUUACCCGUUCAUGCAGAGCCUUAGGGAGGCAGCGUUCCCCGCCCCAGGCAACACUGUCAAGAUCAAGAGCUUCAUUCCCGACAAGGGCACCGAGAUCAUCAGUCUGACMCGGCCGGUGGACUCGUGGCUGGAGCACGUGGACUUCCGCACGCUCUUCCGUUGCUUGACCAAUGAGGAGGUGGUGCUGGUGUUCGCUGCCGCCGUUAUGGAGCGACGCAUUGUUUUCAUAGCRGUGGAGCUCAGCACCCUGUCCCAGGUGAUCCACGCUGUGGCCGCCCUCCUCUAUCCAUUCAUCUGGCAACACACCUUCAUCUCCAUAGUCCCUGAGAUCCUCAUCGACGUUGUUAUGGCCCCCACCCCCUACCUGCUGGGAGUGCAGAAGCGGCUAAUGGAACAGGUCACAGACCAGACCGACCUGCUUGUGGUGGACUUGUCAGAGGAUAGGAAGGACACUUUCCUAGUUCAAAUCGGGGAUGAGAAGUCUAUUCUGCCCCCUAAGCUUCAAGAUGAAAUACUGCAGGCACUAAGAAACAGGAAAGAAAAAGCCACCGUGGAGGAGCUGAACAGGGUGGUCUCGGAAGCCUUCCUGCCCUUCUUCGUGAAGACUGUUGGCCAUUUUGCUUUGUACGUGACGCGGAACAGCAGUGGCCAGCCGGGGGUGUUCCAGAGCAGAGCCUUCUACAAGGCCAUCAAGUCCAACACCACGCGGCACUUUGUCAAGAAAUUCCUCCAGACCCAGAUGUUUGACCUGUUUAUCCAGGAGGUGGAGCAGCAGCCAGCAAGCCCCCAGCAAGGAAUUUUCCACAAAAAGAUUGUUGAAUACCAGGAACAGAAGAGAAAAGAGAAGACGAAGAAGAGACACUAAUCUUCUCUCAUGGAUGCAACUCCAACGGGCUUGGGAGAGGCAAAGGUGGAGUCAUGCGUCCUCCGAAACAUGACCCGCCUAACCGCGCUCCUUAACACCCGCCAGCUUAACCCGGAAGCCAGCUGCACCAAUGUGUCAGAGGAAACACUGCCCAACUGGCGACCGGGAUCAGUCUGCUGGCACCCGGCCCGCCACAAGAAGUCACUAGAGCGCGAUGAGCCYAGUAAAGCCCCCCGUGCCAAACCCUCCCCUA